CCGGAGUCGCUUGGAAUUGAGAGCGUCCUUAAAUUCCCAGAAAGUAUUUCCAUUCAGGUCCUUUCCUGUGAAUUAUUAGAAGAGCUCUUUAUAUUAUUCCAAUAAAGCAGUCACCAAGCUAGAGGGAGCAUCUAUGACGGAGUUUCGUCUGUGAACUUACCGGCGAGAAAGGUUCUGCGCCAGGGAAGCUUCAGGCUCUUCCACUUGAACCACAAGCUAUUUAUCGGGCUCAUAUUUAUGGUCUGGGUAGAACAUAUGUAUUCUAGCCCUAGAACACCCCAAUACACCCCUGCACUGUUAUCGUAGCAUGGCCGUGAGAGAAAUGGUUGAUUUUCAGAGAGCGUUUGCGAGUGUUCGCCGCAAACAAAUUUAGCGCGUGCUGACUAUUUAUGUCAACCAUACCCGCUUGUCGUCAUCCAUCCUUCGCCUUCACUCCCGACCACCCGCCAACUCCCCAUCAAUGGGCAACACACCUAGCGCACAAAACUAUAGCCAGUUUUAUAUGCUUUAUGGGCCUAUUCUCCUUUGAUUCAUUUGAGAUAAUCGUGCAGAGCGCGAGUUCCUACCGCCUGGAUGCCUGUGCGCUAGCAACCGUUUACACUUCUCCUGAGUUCCGAAUACCGCAUUGAUUCCUGAACGGAAAAUCCCCAGCUUUCAUCAUGGCAUCGGUUUCGUCGUUAGACAGAGACCUUCGCAGUCUGCGGCUGUCACGAUAUACACCGGAGGCAGCCAAUGAAAUCCGGGAGUGGAUAGAGGAGGUACUGCAUGAGAAAUUACCUAGGGGAGAUUUAUUAGAAUUGUUGAAGAGUGGAGUAAUUCUUUGUCGGCUUGUUAAUCUCGCCGUUUCUCCGGGCGUAAAAUACAGAGACUCAACCAUGCCUUUCGUUCAAAUGGAAAACAUAUCGCAUUUCCUCCGCGCAUGCCAAGUCGCGCCUCUGAGCCUCCAGCCGCACGACGUAUUUCUUACCGUCGAUCUCUACGAAUCCAAAGAUCCCGCGCAGGUGCUACAAUGCAUCCGAUCCUUUAGCAGGCGAGCCAAUGCACUUCAACCGGGGAAGUUUCCGCGAGCGAUUGGCAUUAAGAAUAAGGGCGACGCCAUGAGUCCUCAACUUACUGGGUCUAGCCAAGGUGCUGGUCUUGGCCGGCCGUCUUACACUCGGGGCAGAGGUGCUAGUAACGCUAGUGAAUCGCGUUCGGCCACUUUUAACCCCAUUGGAAAGACUUCAACUUCUGGACAAAACAGCCCUUCCAAACCCUCCUCUAAUACCACAUCACCAAAGCAUGCUGUUAGUGCUUGGUCCAAUAAAGAAGAGGAAAACACGACCAUACCAGCUUGGAAUAUACACCAAUAUGGAUACAUGGGAGGGGCAAAUCAGGGCAACCUUGGAAUAUCAUUUGGUGCCAGAAGGCAAAUUACAAGUGCCGCGCCACAUGUGCCUAGCCUAGCGGAUAAAGAGAGGAGGAGGCGAGAAAGAGAAGCGGAAGAAGAAAAGCUAAGGUUGCAACGAGAAGACGAAGAGCGCCAACGACGAGCAGCGCUUGAAGAAGAAGAAAUCCGAGCCAAGGCAGAAGAGGAACGCUUGUGGCAGGAGAAAACCCUGCAGCUGAGGGAGAAAGAACGGAGGGAAGCAGAAGAAGAGAAGAGCCGAUGGGCAGAGCAGCAACGCAAGUGGGAGGAAGAAGAGCGUCGUCGAAGCCUGGAGGAGAAAGAGACGGAAGAACGCCUGGAAAAGGAACGACUACGGAAAAAAGAGCUCAGUAAUUCCCGACUGAACGGCCAAUUUCUCAGCCAGUAUCAAGCCUCUCAGGCCAAAACGCCCACGGCUGCAUCUGGUGAAAGUGAACGCAUAAAAGAACUCGAGCGGCAACUUGAGCUUGCCAAGGAAAGAGAGCGUCAGUACGAGCGCGAGCGCGAGGAACUCGCUCGGUCUCGCGGGAUCAAUCAAGGAGUCGUGGAGUCGCGGAAGAACCAAUCUCGUAGCCGUAGCCACCCCCGCCCUACCCCGGUGAAGCCUAGCUACGAUGCAUCUUCCCUAGCGGAAGAGCGCAAGCUACUUAGAUCCGAGUGGCAAGCUUCCCAGGAUAGCGCUCCUGCUGACGAGCCUACCCCACCCUCUCUACCUCCGCAGUCACUCCCUAAGCCACCGGUAGUACUACCUAAAAAUACGAAUCUACCAUCGCCAUCCCGCCCUCUACCAGACCCCGCGAACUACACUAAUAAAAGUCGCACAGACCGUUUCUUAGAUAAAAAUCAAGCCCCCGAACCCGCGCACCCGGCUUCUCAUAGGCCUCCUGAAUUUUCAUCAACUUUAGAAGUUGACGAGGAGAAUGCCAGGCGUGCCGCUUCAACUCAGAAAACUCGAGCUGGAGGCUGGGCCUCCAAAUCGCUACUUGAGCGCGAAAUGGAACGGGAACGCGAACGUCAGCGCGAAUGGGAAGAGAACCAGAAGCAAACAAAGGAAGCCGUGAAACGAGGGGUUAGUACAGCGGGCACGGCGCCGGGUGAGGGCGCGUGGGACGUGAACCAAUAUGGUUAUAUGGGCGGAGAUAACCAGAAUAGAGGUGGUCCCGGGCUGUUUGAUGGUGUCAGGAGACAAAUCAUUGGACCACGCCCACCACCUUAAUGUCUAAAUCCCAAAUGUUAUGUUUUAUAUUGAUUGCUAUACGAUUUCGAUGCCCCCGGCAAUAUAUACAGCGUUGUUUCACCUCUAUUAAACUCUUCUUUUUGCAAAUAUUGACUAACUAUCCCACCUGCCCAGUUGUUUCUUCUCUCUUCCCUUUUCCUUGAACGUUUUCACAGAUUUUGACUCUAUGUAAAUGUUUCUUUCUAUUUACCUUCAGUCCAACCUCAUUUGCUUGGGUACAUUUCUAACUAGCAUUUUUUAUAAUGCUAGCUGGAUAGAAAAUGUACCUUCGAUAUUUACGUGCGCCAGUUCUUUGACUUCAAAAUUAAAAAUGCCAUCCCUUCAUGUAUUUACGUUCCCUUAUCUCGCGAUCUACCUCGAUGAUGGGAGCCAAUGACAUUUGUAGCAGGCGACGAUGGUUGGGUGUGUGUGUACGUAUUUAACAAAAUAAACAAGAAAUAAUGAGCAAAAUAACGGAUUUUCCAUAUGUCAAGGCCAUACAUAGCGAAGUUGUAAUAGGCUCAGACAUAGGAACAUAUCACUCGUCAAUCCAUCGCGGCGUCGUAAUUCCCCCGAUCACACAAUCAUGCUCAAAAAGGUAUGACAUGGCACAAUAUGCAAGUAUCCCGGUUUCAUUUUAGAUUCACGAGGUACAACGUCCUAGUUUCGUGGAUCAAGGGUGAAAACUUGCAGCAAGGUUGGACGCGAAAAAAAAAAAGGCAAUGAUGAACGGUUUUACUCCCUUGGGCACAGGCGAUACAGAUGAAUGGACAGCUGACACUGUUGUUUCUCUUUGACUGGAUGUGACAAUAUCAUACCUACACACCGCUUGCUCCGUUAUCGAUGUAGGUCAAUAAUAUAGUUUUUUUGUCUGUGAUGAGCAACGAUUGUUUCAAGUUUACAUGUUUAAAUUGGAUUAUAGACUUUAUAAUGUUUACUACAAGCUUGGCCGAGAUUAUUAGUCUAUCUAAAAUUCGAAGGGAAAGAAGAGUAUCAAUGAUACCUGGCCACUUAUGUUCUGCUACCUGCUACCAAUCGGUUAAUAAUAUUCACGGCUCAACGGGUAAAAUAGUCAUUCUUGUUGGAAGUUAACUUAAUAAUAAGUCUCCAAUAACCACAUGUUUGGUGCUACCGACAGGUAAAUUCUUCUUAUCGGAUGAACCAUCACAUUUAGUAGUGCAAUAUUUACCAUACCAACGACGGUUUGUUUUCUCGGCUUUUAAAAGCGAUACUUACCUGGCUUGAUGAAAGAUCGGGAUAUUAGGAUACAGGAACCAUCACGAUGAGAUUCCAAGUCACCUUAUUUUUCUUUAACAGGGGGACGACUAGCAUAAAUCAUUCUGGAGUCACGGCCGUAACAAUCCGAAUCGCCGUACUCCAUAAUUUCUACGAACUUGCCCGCUGGUGAUGAAUCUCUUAUUGGGAGCGUAUUGGAAUUGUAGAGGCUAGUGGAAAAUUGAGGAAGUACUUG